AUGGCGCACAAAGGCCUCCGGUUCCCGCCCGCCCUCCAGAUCUUCCCCAACCUCCGGCACUGGCGCUCAAUCCGCCCCCGCCGCCUCGUCGAGGUCCCCAUCGGUCACAAUGGCCAGGUCUCGGACAAGCUGGUCGUCCCCUGCCUGCGCCACCUCUACCACGACCUCGGCGUCCUCGUCUACUCGGGCCUCAAUCACGGCCAAAUCGUCAGGGUGGGAGAGAUCCUGCGGCACAUCGCCAACUCGGGCGGCCCGGGCAAGAUGAUCACCAUGACGGAGUGGGCCGAGAAGGCGAGGACGAGGCGGCUGACCAAGCUGGGGGACGGCGACUUGUUCGAGGCCGUGGACGUAGCGCAUGGCGGUAUAAUCAAACCACAGUCCAUCCUCCGGCUAGCCGACGAGUCGUUCCAAGAGCAUAUCAGGGCAAAGAUUGAGGAGUCAGGCUUCUCAAAGGACAACAUCCAGCUCCGCGAUCGCUACAUCAUCGUCCGAAGCGUCCCAUCCCCCAAAGGCAUCAUCACCGAAACCAUAAACGGACCCCGCCGCCUCUCCAUCGACAUCUUCACAUCCCUCAAGACCGACGAGCGCAACGGCCACGUCACCUGCGAGAUGCAGCUCUACACCGCCGGCAAGGGCGAGUACGCGGGCAACGCCCGCGUCGACUACCAGCUGCUGCGCGUCGACGACGAGGAGAAGACCAUGAAGCCCCUGCAGGCCCACCUCGAGCUCGACACGCGGGGGGACGACGCGACGGGGAUCCGCGCCGUGGCGCGCAAGAUCGUCAAGACGCAGAUCCUCGCGCAGCUGUGGAAGCUCGAGGGGGAGACGUGGGCGGGCAAGGCGGACCGGUUCGUCAACUACACCAAGGUCGGGGUCAAGAUGAGGCGGCCUACUCAUCAGGGUGACGUCUCCAAGGCGGAUGAGGAGGAUAAAGAGUCCCGAGAGGCCGGCGAUGAGAGCCCGCCGAAGGACCCCGUUGUCGGGUCGCAGUAA